GUUCAAGUUCAUUGAUUGAUUCAAUCCACUCGAGUAGUACACAGAAAAGCCUAGCUUCCUACAAUUCCAGCCCUUCACGCCCAACGACAGCAUUACACAGAAUCCAGCCCAAAUGGCACAACACCCAAACCGCCUUGAAAACGCCCACGUGGUGGUCUUUGGUGGCACCUCCGGCAUCGGCUACGCCGUCGCCAGCAUGGCCCUCUCCAACGGCGCCCACGUCACCAUCUCCGGCUCCACCCAACCCAAGGUAGACACCAAGGUUCAGGCCCUCUGCUCCCUGUACCCUUCCGCCCCUCCACAAAAAGUGUCUGGCCACGCCGUCGACCUCGCUGACACCGAAAACCUCGAGGGAAACUUGACAACCUUCUUCGACAAAGCGACCCAGAACGGCGCGCAGCCGGUCGACCACAUAGCCUUCACAUCAGGCGAUGCCUUGAACAUCCCCACAAUAAGCAACGUCACGCCCGAAACGGCAUUGCAUGCGUUCAAAGUGCGCUAUCUUGGGGCCUCGCUAAUCGCCAAAGUCCUCACCAACAACCCGCAAUACAUGCCGCGGGCCGCGUCGUCCAGCUUCACGCUGACCUCGGGGACCAACUGCGCGAAGCCGUCUCCAGGGUUUACGUUCGGGACGACGGUUGGGUCUGCCAUGGAGGGACUGAGCCGCGGGUUGGCCGUUGAUAUGAAGCCGAUUCGCGUCAAUGUUGUGAGUCCCGGGGCGAUCCAGACGGAGAUGUUGCAAGGGUUUAUUGAUAAGAUGGGGCCGACGUUGACGGAGCAGUGGAAGAAGGCGAGUUUGCUGGAUGGUAUUGGGCAGCCCGAGGAUACGGCGGAGGCGUACGGGUAUAUCAUGAAGGAUCGGUUCAUUACUGGGGAGAGGGUUAACACAGAUGGCGGGAGGUUGCUUGUUUGAUGGCUCCGGCGGCCUGGCGUAGAAUUCGGGUUGUUGGCGGUGCCGAAGGUUUUGGUGGUCUGAGAGGGAGAGAUCCUGGGAUUCGACGAAGGCUGGUCAAUCGUUUCGGAGUCGAAUUUCGCUGCUCUUUGGGUUUUAGCAUAGCACUACUACGCAUACA